UCUUGUAUUGUUUUUUAAAAUAAUAUAUAGAUAACUUUAAAUUUAGGGUUUUUUUUCAGCCAAUUUCAUCUGAGAGCCGGUCAGUUCUUACUCUUUAUGUUUUCUUAAAUUGGAGUUAACAAAUUGCAAGUUACAAAGGAAAAAGGAAAAAGAAAAGAAAAUAGAAGGGAAAAGGGAGAGAGAGGAAAGAGGAAGAAGAAGAAGAGAAAGAAAGAGGGAAAAAAAGAACAUGAAAGUCGACCAAAACCGACCGAAUCGGGUCGACCGGUUUUAUUGAGAACGACGUCGGAGUCGGGCCGGCCAUUUCUAUACCGGCUUGUCGUCGGUUUGAUCGGAAAAACCGACUCCGACCGAAAGUUGAUCACCCCUACCAAUCUCUCCGUCUAAGCCUUUUCUCCCAUUUCUCUAAAUCCAUUUUCCCUUCUAAAUUCAAUCUCCUUCUCCGCCCCUCCCACCACCCCCGAUUCUAUCUUCCUUCUCCUGCAACUACCCCGCCGUCCUCGUAUUUGGCCGCUUUUAGAUUUUUCCCCUCUUUCAAGGGGAAAAAAGUUAUACUUUUACUAACAAAUUUCAACUAGCUUUGAACCUACACUACCUCACUCUCUUCUUCUUCAACACUUCACUCUCCGUCUCUCCCUUGAAUUUUACGACAAGGUUCAGUUUUUAGGGUUGAUUUUGGAAGAAGAAAGCUGUAGAGAGUUAUGUCUUGCAGCACUUUUAACCUUGGAGGAGGGUCGCUCAAGUUUUGUAGCAUUAAUAAAGGCAGCCAAAUAAAGAAUCAUCUUCGGUUCUUUAAUGGGUUUGUCCCAAAUGGUCGAUGCAAUUUAGUCUCUAACUCUGCAAUGUCUUUCUCUGUUGGUUCCCUCAGCUUCAGUUCUCUUCCACCUCCGGAUUUUCAAUUCCACAAUCGUUCACGUUUCUCCUCCCAUGUCAUCAACUGCUCUACUUUUAACUCAGAGGCGUCAAUCUCUUCUAAUAAAGCAAAUGAUGAACGAGUUAUUGUAUUGGUGAUUGGUGGAGGAGGGCGAGAACAUGCUCUUUGCUAUGCAUUGCAGCGCUCUCCUUCCUGUGAUGCUGUGUUUUGUGCGCCAGGCAAUGCUGGGAUUUCGAGCUCAGGCAACGCCACUUGUAUUCCUGAGCUUGAUAUCAAUGAUAGUGCCGCUGUCAUUUCUUUCUGUCGAAAAUGGAAUGUAGGAUUGGUUGUUAUAGGCCCUGAGGCCCCUCUUGUUGCAGGGCUUGCAAAUGAUUUAGUGAAGGCUGGGAUUGCUACUUUUGGCCCCUCAUCUGAGGCUGCUGCUUUGGAAGGCUCCAAAAAUUUCAUGAAGAGAUUAUGUGAUAAAUAUGGAAUCCCCACUGCAAAGUAUCAAUCAUUUACAGACCCUUCUGCAGCAAAACAAUAUAUUCAAGAACAAGGUGCCCCGAUAGUCAUCAAAGCGGAUGGAUUGGCUGCUGGAAAAGGAGUUAUUGUUGCUACGACGUUGGAGGAGGCCUAUGAAGCUGUUGAUGCAAUGCUUGUGAAGGGUGCUUUUGGUUCAGCUGGUGGCCGUGUCAUUGUAGAAGAAUAUCUAGAAGGGGAAGAAGCAUCCUUUUUUGCACUUGUAGAUGGAGAGAAUGCUAUACCCUUAGAAUCUGCACAGGAUCAUAAAAGAGUUGGGGACGGUGACACGGGACCUAAUACAGGUGGUAUGGGUGCUUACUCCCCAGCUCCUAUCAUAACAAGGGAACUUCAAAGUAUAAUCAUGGAAUCUAUAAUUCUACCUACGGUAAAAGGAAUGGCAGAAGAGGGUUGCAGGUUUGUUGGGGUUUUGUUUGCUGGUCUUAUGAUAGAGAAGAAAUCUGGCUUGCCAAAAUUGAUCGAAUACAAUGUACGCUUUGGGGACCCCGAGUGUCAGGUGCUGAUGAUUAGGUUGGAAUCAGACCUUGCAAAAGUUCUUAUGGCAACUUGUAGAGGAGAGCUAAGUGGGGUUUCACUGGAUUGGUCCCCAGGGUCUUCAAUGGUGGUUGUAAUGGCGAGCAAGGGGUAUCCCGGUGCAUACGAGAAGGGAACUGUGAUUCGAAACGUUGAAGAAGCAGAGCUUGUUGCUCCAUCUGUUAAGGUCUUUCAUGCUGGCACUUCUUUCGACUCUGAAGGCAAUUUCAUUGCCGUAGGCGGGCGUGUUCUUGGGGUUGCUGCAAAGGGAAAAAACAUUGAAGAGGCACGGGAUAGAACAUAUCGGGCAGUUGAGGAAAUCCGUUGGUCGGGUGGGUUCUACAGGAAGGAUAUAGGGUGGAGGGCUCUCGAAAAACAAUUUUCUUUGAAGUAAUAAUGCAGAAGUUUGAAAAGAUUUUUGGCAUUUUGUUAGUGAAUAGGAACAUGUAUGAGUUCGCAUCCCUAUGAAUAAAUUCACAAGGCCCAACUAUCUAUUUCUCACUUAUUUCUCCAGUUUGUUGGGGAAAUUACCUGUUUUAUGAAAAAAAUGGUGCAUAUUCUUGACUCU